AUGUUGCGGCGUUCGCGUUUGCUCUCAUUCCGCAUGAAGGGUGGAGAGAUGCUCGUUGAAUACAAAAUUACGUCGCGGGAUCAUUCGCGCUCCAUCCGCGUGGAGGAUGCCGUUGUGGAUCCAGCCGUUCUUUGCACAGUUCUGCCGCUGAGCUGGCUAGAGCAGCUGCGCAGCCCGUCCCUGCGUCUGCGGAAGGGAUACCACACGGAGGAGGCGGUGUACGUGCCACCAGCGUAUGCUGCAGCCAACAGUAAAAUAGGCAGUCAGGCUGCGAAAAAAGGUCCAUUAUCAUUACCAUCAUCAUCAUCGGUGGCGGCGCCAGCUCCAAACGCGAUUCGAGCAGGGCCUGUUGUGCUGUACAUCAUGGGACAAAGUACCCCGGUAGUGCUGAACCCGUAUUUUGUGUCUGACGAUACCUGGGGUCUGCGAGGGAAGGGCGAUGAGUGGGAUCUGCGUCUUGGUAUGGACGCCAUAGAGCAGUGCACACUGUUCAGCGAGCUUCGCCCUGGUGGGCUGCUCUACAACAAACUACCAAACAGCCAGAAUGUGAGGCGGCACGAGCCAGUCCGCGCAACAUUGCAGCGUUACGGCAUGAAGUGUGGGCUCGCAGAGUCACCGUUAGUUCCUCGGCCCUGGACACGGAUGAGGUACAUGUUUAUCGACGAAUUACAGCGGGGACCGAAGCUCACAGAGUUUGUUGGGUACAACCCGCGCAGUGGGACUCCGUGGCGCUUCUCGCAGAACACAAAGUACUUCCGCCUCGGCAUCUGGCGAGAGACAAUUCGCCGCAACGAUAUGAACGAAGGCCUCCACGCGCAUAGUAGCUGGCAGAAGUCGCCGCAGCAGUCGGUUCCGGAUGUCAGCUUCAUGGCGCCCUAUCCGUAA